ACCCACACUACGAUGCCGUUUUCCUGUCCUUUAUACCAUUAGUAGAAUAAUCUCUGUACAGUGUUUUUCCACUUUUAUUCGUGCUAUCAUCACUGGCUCCCAUUUUAUCCGACGGCGAAGAAACUCCCUAUAUAUUUGCAAAGAGUUCUUCUCUGGGGCGACGUGUGGUUGAUUCAGAAUUUGAAACCCUUCCUGUUGAAAAAUGGGCGGAGGCAAUGGCCAGAAGGCUAAAAUGGCUCGGGAGAGAAAUCUGGAAAAACAAAAGGCCUCAAGAGGAAGUCAGCUGGAAACAAACAAGAAAGCCAUGACAAUACAGUGCAAGGUAUGCAUGCAAACAUUUAUAUGUACAACGACAGAGGUGAAGUGCAGGGAACAUGCUGAAGCAAGGCACCCAAAAUCUGACGUCUAUGCCUGUUUUCCUCAUCUUAAGAAAUGAUAAUCAAUCAACUUUUAGCUUUAUCCUCGCUUCUCUUCUCUCUUUAGCCCAAAUGCUCCUACAGGCCAAACGCCUUUCAAUGUAAUAACACAUCCUUGUAGUAAAAAAAAAUGAUCUAUAUAUUUAUAUGUUAAUAAAGCUUCAACCUUGCUGUUUGUUUUCCUUUA